CGGCUCAUAUAAAGCGUUCAAGCACUCAGUGGUUGGCAGUGAUUUCCCUUUGUGAUUUACCGCACUCACCAUGAAAGUCUAUUUGGCAAUUGCGUUGUGCUGUGCUUUUGUCGCCGCUGCGGCAGGUGCGGCUGCACCAGCUCGUUCCAAUAAAAUGGGUUAUCAGUUAACUCGUGACCAACUUGGAGGUCCCGGAGGCGGCGGCGGUGGUGGCGCUGGAAACGAGAAUGGUCCAGGCCAAAACGGAGGAAACGGAGGCGGCGUUGGAGGCGGAGAGGGCGGCCAAGGAGGCUGGGGCGGCCCUGUGAGCGAGGGCACCGACGCCGAGUGCGUUGAGAUCGCCAGGCUGGGUUGUCCGGCUGUGGACGGACCCGUGCCAGUGCUGCUGAUCAACCCCUCGGACUGCGGCUCCUUCUGCAUGUGCGCCAACAGUGUGGGCAAAUUCAUGCCCUGCGCCGACGGUCUCCACUUCUCGCAAGCCCAGCAGGUGUGCACCUGGCCCUGGGAGGCCCAGUGCAGGGUCACCAUGAUCCCUCAUCCCGAAGCAUAAGAGUCCGCAAUAUUUUCUUCGUGCGCCCUAAUUGAGUUUUUGCAACUUAUUUGGCAAUUAAAGCUCUCCGUGUUUUUGCAUCCAA